CAUGCAACGAAUCGGAAUUUAAGUGCAAUGACGGAACUUGCAUACCGCAAGCUUACAAAUGCAAUAGUCGCGCAGAUUGUAGAGACGGCGAAGACGAAGAAAAUUGUCACUGUCCCGAUGAUCAAUUCAAAUGUGAUGAUAACACCUGCAUAUCUGAAGAUAAAAUAUGCAAUAAUGUACACGAUUGUUCAAAUGGUGAAGACGAAGAAGAUUGCGAACACAAUACAGUUAGUACAACACCGAAAGAUCGGUUUUUUUGCCCACUCGGGAAAUUUACAUGCACAGAUUUAACGUGCAUAUCCAUUGUGGGACGAUGCGAUGGAAAAUAUGAUUGUCCGCUUGACAGAUCAGAUGAGGAAGAUUGUCCUUGCUCACGUGACUCAUGGCAAUGCGAUUUCGGACAAUGCAUCGCUAAAGAAAAACGUUGUAAUGGAAAUAUAGAUUGUCCCGAUGACAUUUCAGACGAAAGAAAUUGCUCAACAUGUAAAGCCAAUGAGUUCAAGUGUGGAAACGGAGUUUGUAUAAAAGCUAAUUUGAGAUGUGAUGGAAGAUUUCACUGCACAGAUUACACAGACGAACAUGGUUGUAGUAAUUCUACAGGAAUCGACAUUUGUUCUGAUGGACAAUUUCAAUGCCCAUCAGGAGGUUGUAUUGAUGAGCAAUCCGUUUGUGAUGGCGUUCCUCAUUGCCCGCAAGGAGAAGAUGAAGAUCCGCAUAAAUGCGAAUGCAAGUCCUACGAGAGUAAAUGUCAACGCGGGGGAGGAUGUUUUACAGAAGUACAAAGAUGUGAUAAGAUAAUUGAUUGUUUAGACUCGACAGAUGAAAAAAAUUGCUCUUAUAGUUGUACUUAUGAUCAGUAUCAAUGUUCUACGACUGAUAAAUGUAUUAACCGGCUUAGAGUUUGUAAUGGCGAAUAUGAUUGUCCCAACGGAGAAGAUGAAAUGAUAUGUGAAUGUCCUGCUAAUGAGGAAAAAUGCGAACUUGGCGGCGGAUGUUAUUCUCCAAAGCAAAAAUGCGACGGUAUUGAAGACUGUUCUGACGGAAGUGAUGAAUAUGAUUGUGUCGAACAUGCUGAAUGUGCUGAGAGUGAGCACCUUUGUGAUUCAGAUUUAUGCAUUCCCAAAUCUGAAGUUUGCGAUGGUAAAUAUGAUUGUGAUGAUAAAACCGAUGAAAUGGGAUGUAAUGAUUCCGAAACAUCAUCCUCGGAGAAUAUAGCCAAGCAAUGUAGAGCUGAUGAGUUUAAAUGCGGAAAUGGUGAAUGUAUAAGUCUUGAAUUUUACUGUGACGGAACACCCGAUUGUCUUGAUAAUUCUGACGAGCCACGUCAUUGUACUUCAGAUGAGCCAAAAUGCGAACACGAUCAAUUCGAAUGUGAUUCAUCUUGUCACUCGAUGAACAUUAAAUGUAAUGGAGUUGAUGAUUGUCUUGAUGGAGCAGAUGAAGAAAAUUGUCCUGUUCACGAGCAUCCUUCAGGAAAUGCUCCAUCGCACCGAAACUGUCCUGACUUUGAAUGCAGUUAUGAUAACAGAUGUGCCAUAAGAUGCGAUGGUCGCUCUGAAUGCUCCGAUGGCGAAGAUGAGAGAGAUUGUCCAUGUCGAUCAGGAGAAUUCCAAUGCGAUGAUGGAAAAUGUAUUCAUGCCGAUAAAAAAUGCGAUGGAAGACCAGAUUGCUAUGAUCGCAGUGAUGAACGAAAUUGUCCAACAUGUCGUUCAGAUGAAUUCCGAUGCGAUGAUGGAACAUGCAUUGAUAGAGCUCGUCAUUGUGACAGACGUGUAGAUUGUAGAGAUAGUUCCGACGAAAGAAAUUGCCGUGAAUAUCCUCCAUAUACAACUCCAAGACCUACAUAUAGACCAACAACGCAAAGAACCGAUGUUUGUUCAAGUGACGAAUGGUUAUGCGGUUCAGGCGAAUGUAUUCCUUUAGGAAGUCUCUGCGAUCGCAGAGCAGAUUGUCGCGAUGCUUCUGAUGAAAGAAAUUGUCCAUCAACUCCAACAAGACAUCCGGAAGUUUCUGAUAAUCGCUUGAACCUUAAAACGUAUCCGAAUGAUCAAAUCAUUAAAGAAAGACAAAUCAGAGAGGGUCGUGAAGUUGUAUUCCAAUGUCGUGACGAAGGUCCAAUUCGUGCAAAAGUAAGAUGGACCCGAAGCAGAGGAUUACCUUUGCCUCCCGGCGCACGUGAUGUUAAUGGUCGACUUGAAAUCCCAAAUAUUCGUUAUGAUCAUUCGGGCGAAUACAUUUGCGAAGCAAUUGGUUAUCCAAAAUCUACGCCGGGAAGUCACGUAUCUGUUAAUUUACAAGUUGAAAGAUAUAAUCCAAUUGUUGAUCGACCCCCGUCAGCUUGUGGCUACAAUCAAGCUACUUGCAUGAAUGGCGAGUGUAUUGAUAGAUCGAAGAUUUGCGAUGGGCAUCACGAUUGUGCUGAUGGAUCAGAUGAAAACAGUUGUAGUUCAGGAUCUCGCGGAUUAUGCGAACCAAAUGAAUUCAAAUGCGGAAAUCGAAAAUGCGUUUUGAAAACAUGGAGAUGUGACGGCGAAAAUGAUUGCGGCGAUAAUACAGAUGAAGAAGGAUGUACGCCAGCUCCAUUCGGAUAUCCUUGUCGUCACGAUGAAUUCCAAUGUCGAGAUGGUCAAUGUAUUCCAAAAGCAUUCCAAUGUGAUACAACUCCCGAUUGCCACGAUCGAUCUGAUGAAAUAGGAUGUUCAGCUCCUGUUAUUAUCACUCCUCCUCCGCCAAGCGUAACAUUAGAUGUCGGUUCAAUCUUGAAUAUUACGUGUCGCGCAACAGGCGUUCCUGUUCCAUUAGUUGUAUGGCGUCUUAAUUGGGGUCAUGUGCCCGAUAAUUGUGUUUCUGAAAGCUCAGGCGGAUUUGGUACUCUUAUGUGUCGUGAUAUGCGCCCAAAAGAUCAAGGUGCAUAUUCUUGUGAAGUAAUUAACACGAAAGGAACAACAUUUGCAACGCCUGAUACUAUCGUGAUUGUAAAUACAGACACAAAUACAGUUUGCCCCAAUGGAUUUUUCAAUGAUCUUGCAAGACGACCUGAAGAUUGCAUAAGUUGCUUCUGUUUUGGCGUUUCGACACAAUGUAGCGGAGCAAAUAUGUAUUCUUACACACUUCCUGAACCACAGACUUCUUUGACAGUUUUGGGUGUCGAAGGUCCAUGGAAUGGAGCAUCUUCGUUGAAAAUUGGAGAAUAUAGAAAUCAUGAUUUAACAGCAACACGCCAUGGCGUUCAAUUACGCCUCUCAGACAUUCCAUCGCCAACUAAUCAAUAUCCUUAUUAUGCGUUGCCCGAUGAAUAUCGUAAAAAUCAAUUGAAAUCAUAUGGAGGUCAUAUUCGUUAUGAAGUAAUUUAUAAUGGUAGAGGAGCUACAAACGAUGCCCCUGAUAUUAUUAUAACAGGAAAUGGAAGAGAAAUUGUGUACAGACAUGCAACUCGUUUGUUGCCUGAUCAACCAAAUCCUAUUUCCGCAAUUAUUUCAGCAGGAAAUUGGUACAAAUUAGAUGGAACUUAUGCAUCAAGAGAAGAAAUCCUUGUUGUUUUGGCAAAGAUUGACAAUAUUUUGAUCAAAUUACAAUACGUUGAUGGACCUGAACGUGGAGUUGAAUUACUUCAUAUCAAAUUAGAUUCUGCAGCAUCAACUGAUCGAGGAUUUGGUCCUGCAGGUUUAGUUGAAGAAUGUCGUUGUCCUGCAGGAUAUCGAGGAUCAUCUUGUGAAGAAUGUGACUAUGGAUACGAAAGACAAUCUUCAGGUCCUUGGUUGGGUCGUUGCGUUCGUGUAAAUGAAGUUUGUCGUCCCGGAACAUAUGGAAAUCCUCAACAAGGACAACCUUGUCGUCCUUGUCCUUGUCCAGGCACUUCAGGAAACUCAUACGCAACUACAUGUUCUUUGGGACGAAACGGUGAUGUAACUUGUCAUUGUGAUCGUGGUUAUCAAGGCUCUCGCUGUGAAGAAUGUGCUCCUGGUUAUGUAGGAAAUCCAAUUGCGGGUCAACCAUGUGUUCCCCAACAAGUUUCAAGAUGCAAUCCAUACGGAACAGAAUCAUCUUAUCCUAAUGGACAGUGUCAUUGUCGUUCAGGAGUAACAGGGCGUUAUUGUGAUCAGUGUGCACCUGGAAGCUUCUAUUUACAUCAAAAUGGAUGUCUUGAGUGUUUCUGCAACGGAGUUACAAAGAGUUGUACAAGCAGCAGUUAUUAUCGUGAUAAAGUUGAGAGUAGUUUUGCUGGAGGGCGUUCCGAAUUCAGCUUGGUAUCGAACGAUCAAGUUAUUGCUAAUAACAUGCCUGUUGAAGGACGUGAAAUUGUCUAUAGAAACUUCGGAGUUACAGACGAUGCUGUAUAUUGGAGUCUUCCUGCAGAAUAUUUGGGCAACAAAAUUACCUCAUAUGGCGGAAAUUUGACUUACACAUUGAGAUACACGCCAUUGCCUUCAGGAAGUGCUUCACGCAAUAGUGCACCAGAUGUUAUUAUUAAGAGCCAUAACCAUCAAGUUUUACAUCAUUAUCGUCGUGAUGGCGGAGUUCCAUUAAGUAGUCCAAGUACGUAUAUUGUUCCUGUCAUCGAAGAAGAAUGGCAAAGCUCAUUGGAUGGAACAUCAACAACAAGAUCGCAACUUUUGACUUCUUUGUCUGACAUUGAAGCAAUCUAUAUCAAAGCCACAUACACAACAGUUCCAGAAGAAGCAGCUUUGGAGCAUAUAUCGCUUGAUACUGCAUCCGAACGCAAUUAUGGAAGCGGUAUUAUCGCUCAUGAAGUUGAGCAAUGUCGUUGUGUCACAGGAACAACAGGAUUGUCUUGCGAAGAAUGUUCUCCCGGAUACUUUAAGAGUACAAACUAUCCAGGCACUUGCGAACCAUGCAAUUGUCAUGGACAUUCGGAAAAUUGUGAUGCUAAAACUGGACAAUGUCUCGAUUGUCGUCAUUUCACAACGGGACACAAUUGCGAAAGAUGUCUUCCCGGAUAUACGGGAUCAGCAACACGCGGUACUCCAAAUGAUUGUACACGGGAUACAGAAUAUCCGCCAGGAGAGCUUUGUGAUCGAUGCGAUCCAGAAGGAACAGUUUAUGGGCGUUGUUAUCCCGGAGCAACUUCGUGUGAAUGUAAAGCAAAUGUCGUUGGAACGUAUUGUAACCAAUGUCGACCGGGAACAUUUGGAAAAAGUUAUGAAAAUCCCGAUGGAUGUGCAGAAUGUUUCUGUAGCGGAACACGCGCUGAUUGUACAGAGCUCAAUUAUUUCAGAGAAGAAUUACCUGCACCUAUUUUCGAUGAAAAUCAUGGAUAUCGUAUAACAGAUCGUGACUUCUCAAGAGAAGUCGAAAACCGAUAUGAAGUUAAUUCUUUCGAAGCAAAAUUAUCGUAUUCUUUUGCUGAUGAAGGAACAUUCUAUUGGAGUCUCCCUGAACGAUUGCUUGGCAACCAAAUUCUCUCAUAUGGAGGAAAUCUUACUGUUACACAAAUGACAGAGGGUCGAGGAGGAUAUGUUCCUGAUCAAGAUGUCAUUAUUCGAGGCAAUGGUUUAACACUUUUCUGGCAAAGACACAAUGGAGAUGAUGGGACGUAUCAUAUUCCUUUGAUUGAAACUGAAUGGCAAAAUUUGCAUCGCACAGGAGUUCGACCUACUUCAAGAAGUGAUUUAUUGACUGUCUUGGCGAAUCUUGAAAGCGUUCUUGUUCGUGCGACACUCAAAGACAUGACUUCCAAAUCAUCCAUCAGUGACGUUUAUCUCGAUACUGCUGUUCCUCAACAAACAGCUCAAGGAAGAGUUCAUGGUCUUGAAAAAUGUAGAUGUCCUGCUGGAUACAAAGGACCAAGUUGUGAAACUUGUGACAAAAACUACUAUCGUGAUCAUCAUGAUCGUUCAGGUAGUCUUUUGGGUGCUUGUAAAAUGUGUCCUUGUGAACAUGCUGAAUCGUGCGAAUCUGGCCCACAUAAUAGAAUUGUUUGUCAUUGUGAGCCUGGAUACACAGGCGAUCGUUGUCAAUCUCAAGUAUCGUGCGCAGAGAAAACAACUGACAAUGGUAAAUUAGAGUGUCAUACGAGAGCAGAAACAGAAACAGUUUAUCCUAAUUAUUGUUCAACAUACACAAUCAUAUUUUUUAAUAAUAAUGAGAAAGAUUAUGAAUAUGAAAUUGUUAACAAGGAUAAACAAAUCGUUGGAAAGAUAAAACGAAAUAUAGACGCAAAAAGCAAAUCAGAAGGUCCGCCGAUUCCAACAAGAUAUCCUCCUCAUCAACCAAACAUAAAAGUCACUAUCAGAGAACCGCUCAUUCAAAUUGUAGAAAAGGGUGAAGAAAUCAGAUUAACAUGUAGUGGUUAUUACAUAAUUGAUCGAACUGCGCUUCCAAUAAGAUGGUAUAAGGAAGGCGGUUCAUUAUCAUCACGAGCAUCACAGCAACAACAUGUCCUCUACAUCAAAAAUAUUCAAAUUGAUGAUAGCGGAGUGUAUGUUUGCGAAGCGAGGAAAGGAGAUGAAACUGUUUCGCAAAAGGUUACGGUUACCGUUGGAAAAGAUGGACAAUAUGUUCGACCUCAAAUAUCCGUUCAUCCAUCAACUGUUGAUGUAGAAGAAUUCCAACCUGUUGAAAUUGUGUGCUCUGCGCUUUCUGGAUAUCCUGAACCACAAAUUUUAUGGGAACGUCUUGAUGAAAAACCUUUUACUUCGAGUGCAUACCACAGAGAUGGAUUCCUUCGCAUUUCAUCCGUUUCAAAGGCUGAUGAAGGAAGCUACAGAUGCGUUGGAAUUAACUCUGUCGGCGAUCACGAUCAAAUCAUUCAAAUUUACGUUCGAGAUCGUAGUCCUCAUCCAACUGGCAUUUACGUUAUACCCGAUCGUUUUGACACAAACGAAGGAGAAGAUGUAACAUUACGCUGUGAAAGCGGACAACGAGGAACUGUUGAAUGGAUCAAACAAGGUCAACGUGAAUUACCUCCCCGUGUAAUUGUACGAGGCGAUACAUUAGUAAUUCGUCAUGCAAGCGUUGAAGAUAGCGGGCGAUAUUUGUGCAGUGUUAGAUUGCCAGGAGGCGAUGUACAAUCAGCACAUUCAGAUGUAAGAGUUUCAUCUUACAGGCCUCCAACUGUUGGACCAAAAGUCCGUGAAUUCGAUCGUAAAUACGUUGUUGUUCAAGGACAAGAUUUCUCAUUGGCAUGCGAAGCAUCAGGAGAUCCAAGACCUUCGAUAGUUUGGAGCAUUAGCGGAGGUGAAUUGCCAUCCAAUGUACAACAAAGCGGAAAUAUAAUCAGAAUUCUCAACGCGAGACCCGAAAACAGC